AUGGAAGCCGGAGGUGCCGGGGCGCGGCCUGCCUGCCUGGUCCCCUAGGGAGGGGGCGUGGCUCGGCGUGCGUGGUGGGGAGCGCGGGCGGCGUGCGUGCUGCGCGUCAGUUUUGCGACAGGCCGCCGAGCAGCCGCCGCCGCCGUUUCUGCCCGCCCGCCGGCCCCGCGCUGCCUCCGCGAUGCUGCUGACGGUCUUCUGCCUGCGGCGGGACCGCUCCGAGCUCACCUUCUCGCUGCAGGUCGACGCCGACUUCGAGCUCCAGAACUUCCGCGCCCUCUGCGAGCUCGAGUCCGGCAUCCCCGCCGCCGAGAGCCGGAUCAUUUACGCAGAGCGGCCUCUCACGGACAACCACCGCUCGCUGGCUUCCUAUGGCUUGAAAGAUGGCGACGUGGUGGUUCUGCAGCAGGUGGAGAGCGCAGAAUUGCAGCCUGCCUCCCAGUUUCCCGGCUUGCCCAGGAUAGACUUCAGCAGCAUCACGGUGCCCGGGACGUCGGGCCAGCUGUCUCAGCCGCCGCUGCCGCCACCGCCACAACAGCAGCAGCAGCAGCCGCCCCCCCGCCCCCACCCGUCCCCUCCCGACCUCCCCUCUUCCCCGCAGGGCUUGGACAACCCGGCCCUCCUGCGGGAGAUGCUGCUGGGCAACCCCCACGAGCUCUCCCUGCUGAAGGAGCGCAACCCCCCCCUGGCGGAGGCCCUGCUCAGCGGAGACCUGGAGAAAUUCACCCGGGUGCUGGUGGAGCAGCAGCAGGAUCGGGCCCGCCGGGAGCAAGAGAGGAUCCGCCUCUUCUCUGCGGACCCCUUUGACCUCGAGGCCCAGGCCAAGAUCGAAGAGGACAUCAGGCAGCAGAACAUCGAGGAGAACAUGACAAUCGCCAUGGAGGAGGCCCCGGAGAGCUUUGGCCAGGUGGUGAUGCUGUACAUCAACUGCAAGGUCAACGGGCACCCCGUGAAGGCCUUCGUGGACUCAGGAGCCCAGAUGACCAUCAUGAGCCAGGCGUGCGCCGAGCGGUGCAACAUCAUGCGGCUGGUGGACCGGCGCUGGGCGGGCAUCGCGAAAGGCGUGGGCACCCAGAAGAUCAUCGGCCGCGUGCACUUGGCUCAGGUCCAGAUCGAAGGGGACUUCCUGCCCUGCUCGUUCUCCAUCCUGGAGGAGCAGCCCAUGGACAUGCUGCUGGGGCUGGACAUGCUCAAGAGGCACCAGUGCUCCAUAGACCUCAAGAAGAACGUCCUGGUGAUCGGCACCACCGGCUCUCAGACGACCUUCCUGCCCGAGGGGGAGCUCCCGGAGUGCGCGCGGCUGGCGUACGGGCCCGGGCGGGAGGACGUGCGGCCCGAGGAGAUUGCAGACCAAGAGCUGGCCGAAGCCCUGCAGAAGUCCGCCGAGGAAGCAGAUGAUAGUGACAAAGCAACUACCUCACUAGGAAUGCCAUCGCUGCCAGCUUCUGGGGGGGUUCAGCAUCCCGUCCGUUUCCCAGAAGCCAGUCCCAAGACCAGUCGCCCUGCAAGCCGGCUCCUCCUCGAUCGCUCGUCCUCCGCUCCUUCUGUUGGCCAUCCUUGCAAGGGGGGCGCUCCGGCUGCCACUGCUCACCCUCGAGCCGUCAGGUCUGUGGACUCCCUCCUGGAAGGCCCGGCCACUCCGGAAAGGGCAGGGCUGCCUGGGUUGCCGCCGAGCCGCUCUGGUCACGCUGCUUCUGCCCACAUUGACGCUCCUCCCGCUGAGAAAGCAGGGCCCGGAUCCUGCCGCCGUCCGUCUCUCCCUGCACAGGACGCCCUUGAGGCCGCGCCAGCCCCUCGGGACGCCCUACCGGCCUCGAGUGCUGAAGAGGCUAGGCGUGGCCUGGAGCCUCCUGCUGAAGAGGCAGUGGGGAAUCGCUCUUUCAGCGCCCCCAAACAGACGGGAGGUCUGGAGGCAACCCUGCCUUCAGAGCCUCUGGGAGGGAGCCAACCAAGCCAGCUUCACUUGGGUCCCCAGCCCCACACGGAGUCUGGAAAUGACCGCCCUCCGGGGGAAGAGGGACCUCUGCGCACAGGGAGUAUUUCUCCAUUGCCCGCUCGGCAAGGGCCAGCCUCUGACCCCUCUUCUGAGGAAGAACAAGCUGAGGAGGGGGCAGCGGGGUUGCCGUCUUCAGGGGGGGGGAGGCCAGGAUCCGUCCUGGGCAGACAGGCUGGGGGUGAAACCUCUGCUGAAGCAGGGGACCCCGAGAAGGCGCUUGUGGCCGCCAGCAGCCGAUCGGAGAAGCGGGUCGUCCGGCUGUCCGGGGUGAACUCCUCGGACUGCUCCGGGAUGGAGGUGGAGCUGUCCAGGCACGAAGCCUCGUGGUCGGCUGGCCCUCUUCCCCCCAGCGGCCUGAUGCCUCCCGGGAGCCUCGCGUUUGGGCCGAUGGAUGUGUCGGCCGCGGCCAGCCUUUCCGCCUCAUCUUCGGAAGGCCAGCUGAGCAGCCCCGCGGAAGAGCCCUGCCUGUCCCUCACCUCCGCCUUGAAGGAGCUUCACCAGCUUCUGGUGGAGAACUGCAAAGGGGACUACCACGCUUCUCGGGAGGAAGACGGCGCUCCGCUGGUGGCCGCUCCUGACCCGCACGCCACAAACAAGGCCCGGGAAGGGCCAGAGCUGGACAGCCGGGAGGUGGAACUGCUCUUCCCGGAAUCUGUGGGUCUCGAGGCCGCCGUGGGCGGGCGGGCGGCUGAGGCUCCACUGGGGAGCUUUGACAUGCAAGAGAUGCGCCAGCUGACCUCUGCACAGGGAGCCUUGGUCAUCCAGGAGCCUUCAGACUUGGGCCGCUCUGACUGGCCGGGCCCUUCGGCAGCCUCCAGCCAGCGGCGGUGCGGUGAAGACUCUGGAACUUUGCCUCCCCGUCUCUCCUCUGGCCGGGCGGCAGGCUGCACCACGCCUGGGCAGGUCCCGUCGCUCUCCCCUGACCUCGCACCGCGCGACGAGGCGUCUUGGAGCUCCUUCCCCCGAGACCCGGGAAUGCCCGCCUCCGCCGGCACGGAUGUCCAGAGGCCGCCCCCGCCUGGCCGCUCUCCCGGUGCUGGCCCUGCAGUCUCCCCCGCUGUGGACAUCGCUAGGAUUGUGGGGGCCGGCUUCACGGCCCAGGAAGCCGGAGAGGCCCUGGAGCAUGCCGGGGGCAACGUCGACCUGGCGCUCCUCCUCCUGCUUGCCAAGAACAUUGUCGUUCCUACGUAACCCCGAGAGAAGAGCCGGACGGUAGAUGGCAGGACCGCUGGUCUGUAUUUCCUUCCAGCGGAGUCUCUCUCCGCAGCACAGAGCGCCUUGCUUCGGUUAUUUGGCCAGACUCUCAAAGGAGAAAAGUAAAAUCCUUUCUAUUCAGCCAAA